CAGGGGUGCAGCCUGAGCCGGAGCGGGGCGAGCGGCGCGGCCUGCGCGGGCCGGGUGGGGGUGUGCGACGGGAGGGGGUGCGCCGGUAGGCCUCGGGCCGGUAGGCCCCACAGCGGCCGCGCCCUGCCCCCGCACCCCGGGCCUCCGCUCGCCCCCUCGAGUCCCCCGGGCCUCCGGGUGCGACGGCGACGCUGCGGGGCCGAAUCCCGCGCCGGCCCGGAGGUUCUCCCGCGGGGCGGCAGGCCCGAGCUGCCGGGACAGGGGCGUCAGGGCCUAGGAGUGGGGAAUGGGCGCCCGACCCCACUUCCCUCGGGCAUCUAGCAGACGCCCCCCGGAUUCCGACAAUCUGCUUCAUCUUGAUUCUGCGGCAUUCCAAACUGUGGUAUCCUUGGGGGUUCUCUUAACAUUGCUAUGGUGCAGAAGAUUUAAAAUCAGCCCCAAACUGUGCAAGCAGAGGCGACUCAACGGCUACGCCUUCUGUAUCAGACACGUUCUGGAGGACAAGACUGCCCCCUUCAAGCAAUGUGAAUAUGUGGCCAAGUAUAACAGCCAACGCUGCACCAACCCCAUCCCCAAAUCAGAGGAUCGUAGGUACUGCAACAGCCACUUGCAGGUACUUGGCUUUAUCCCGAAAAAAGAGAGGAAGAAAAAGAAUGAUCCAAUAGAUGAGGUGAAGGUCAGGCACCAGAUGGAUACCAUGGCCUUUAGCCUGACGGUGCCCACGCUGGCCUUGAAGAUGCCCAACGGACUGGAUGGAAUGUCCCUCUCUCCACCUGGGGCAAGGGUCCCUCUCCACUACCUGGAAACUGAGUUGGAAGACCCAUUUGCUUUCAAUGAGGAAGAUGAUGACCUAAAGAAAGGGGCAACUGUGAGAAAGAAGUUACAGAGCAAGUUAGCCCAGAAUCGGCAGCGCCAGAGAGAGACAGAGAUUUUAAAAGUUCGACAAGAGCACUUUAGCCCCCCUCCUGCACCUUCACAGCAGCAGCCUCCACAGCAGCACUCCCACCUGUCACCUUUAUCCACUUCUUUAAAACCUCCAGCGCCACCGCAGGGUUCAGUCUGCAAGUCACCUCAACCUCAGAACACCAGCCUACCAAUGCAGGGAGUGGCACCCACCACACACACUAUAGCACAAGCACGGCAGUUGUCUCACAAGAGGCCUCUGCCCCUCCUGCCAUCCAGUAGGGCUCCCCCCGUGGACCCACCCAGGACUGACCGGAUCCUCAUGAAAGCCACAGCCUUCUCUCCACACUUCUCGUGUAUAAGUCGACUGCAGAGACUGGUGAAACUGUGCACCCAAAAACAUCAGUUGGACACUGAUCUGUUUCCCCAUUUAGGGUUGGACUGGUCUGAAGAGAGUGGAGAGGAACCGGAGGACUCAGAGCAGGCCUCACCCUACCAGGUUGCAUGGUCCAUCCGGGAAACCCUUAGAUAUGAAAGACAUGCGUCAGAUGAUGAUGAUGCGGAGAGUAGGAGCUCCAGGGUGACCCAACUUUGCACUUACUUUCAGCAGAAAUAUAAGCACCUCUGCCGCCUGGAGCGGGCAGAAGCUCGUCAAAAGAAAUGCCGGCAUACGUUUAGGAAAGCUUUGCUGCAGGCGGCCAGUAAAGAACCAGAAUGCACUGGUCAGUUAAUACAAGAACUGCGGAGAGCUGCAUGCAGCGGAACCAGCAUAAGCCGAACCAAGUUGAGGGAGGUGGAACCAGCAGCAUGCAAUGGAACCGUGAAGGGGGAACAGUGCACCAACAAAGCCCUUCCAUUCACCAGACAUUGUUUCCAACAUAUCCUCUUGAACCACUCUCAGCAGCUCUUCUCAAGUUGCACAGCCAAGUUUGCAGAUGGACAGCAGUGCUCUGUGCCAGUUUUUGACAUUACACAUCAGACACCUCUGUGUGAAGAACAUGCCAAAAAAAUGGAUAAUUUCUUGAGAGGAGAUAACUCCCGUAAAGUUCAGCACCAGCAGCAGAGGAAACCCAGGAAAAAAACCAAGCCUCCUGCACUAACCAAAAAACACAAGAAGAAGAGAAGACGUGGACCUCGUCGACCCCAAAAACCCAUUCCCCCUGCAGUCCCCCAAGGGAACCUCAGCAUGCCCGCCAGCGUCUCACUGCCAGUGGAGGCCUCUCAGAUCCGGAGCCCAUCCACACCAGAGCUGAGUGCUGAUGAGUUGCCGGAUGACAUUGCCAAUGAGAUCACUGACAUUCCACAUGACUUGGAAUUGAACCAGGAGGACUUUUCAGACGUCCUACCACGGCUACCUGAUGACUUACAAGAUUUUGAUUUUUUUGAAGGGAAGAAUGGAGACCUCCUUCCAACUACCGAAGAGGCUGAGGAGCUUGAGCGGGCCUUGCAGGCUGUAACUUCUCUCGAGUGCCUGAGUACCAUCGGGGUCCUUGCCCAGUCAGAUGGUGUGCCAGUCCAGGAGUUGUCAGAUAGAGGAAUAGGGGUGUUCUCCACAGGUACUGGAGCUUCAGGAAUACAAUCCUUGAGCCGAGAAGUGAACACAGACCUAGGGGAGCUAUUGAAUGGGCGUAUAGUACAUGAUAAUUUUUCUAGUCUAGAGCUGGAUGAGAACCUGCUCCGUUCUGCUACCUUGUCAAACCCACCUACACCCCUGGCAGGGCAGAUCCAGGGGCAGUUCUCUGCCCCAGCCAACGUUGGCCUUACUUCUGCCACUCUGAUCAGCCAGAGUGCACUUGGGGAGAGAGCCUUCCCAGGACAGUUUCAUGGACUUCAUGACGGCAGCCAUGCCUCCCAGAGGCCACAUCCUGCCCAGCUGCUGAGCAAGGCAGAUGACCUAAUCACCUCACGACAGCAAUACAGCAGUGAUCACUCCCACUCCUCGCCCCAUGGAAGCCAUUAUGAUAGUGAGCAUGUGCCGUCUCCCUACAGUGACCAUAUCACCUCUCCCCACACAACAUCGUACUCUGGUGAUAAUAUGGCAGCUACCUUUUCAGCAGAGAUGCCCAUCAUGGCGCAGCACUUGCUCCCAACCCAACUUGAGGUGCCACUUGGAGGAGUGGUAAACCCCAGAACUCACUGGGGCAAUCUCCCCGUCAACCUCGGAGAUCCCUCUCCAUUUAGCAACCUUCUCGGCGCAGAUGGACAUCUUCUUUCCACUUCCCUAUCCACGCCACCCACUACUUCGAACUCAGAGACCACACAGCCUGCCUUCGCCACCGUGACCCCCAGCAGUUCCAGUGUGCUUCCGGGGUUACCGCAGACCAGCUUCAGUGGCAUGGGGCCUUCUGCUGAACUAAUGGCCUCCACCUCUCCCAAGCAGCAACUCCCUCAGUUCAGCGCAGCCUUUGGCCACCAGCUGAGUUCUCACAGUGGCAUUCCUAAGGACCUGCAGCCCAGCCACAGCUCUAUAGCCCCUCCUACAGGCUUCACAGUAACAGGUGCCACAGCUACAAGUACCAAUAAUGCAUCUUCUCCCUUUCCCUCCCCUAACUGAGGGUGUCUGUGCGUUUGCAGGCAGGUGGGGAACCCAGUGUUUUCUAUCUUUGUUUCCUCUUUAGCACCCCUCUCCCCUUUUCCUAAAGAAGAUUUAAAAAAUAACAGAUGGGGAUUAGGGGGCACCCCCCCUUCCCAGUUCAAUAAGUGGCCCUGCAGUGGACCUCGCUACAGUGUUCACAUGUGCUCCUUAGCACUGGUGCUCAUUCCCUCCUGGCAGGCCCACUCCGCCCCAGUGGUUUCCUUAGUGGUUCAGCACAGUGACUGGAUAGGAUUGAUUUUUAGUAGCAAGUCCUAGAAGUGGAAGAUACCUCAGAAUACCAGUGCCCUUUACUAUUUCCUAGUAUUCAGAUCAAUGCUUUCCAUUCUAUUGCCAGGUUUUUACAUAGGUGGUUCUAGAUAGAAUGAUCAUAUUACUUCAGUUCCAGUAUAAGAGACAGCAAAUGGUGUGUGGCAGGUCAAGACUUAGCACCAACUGCUAAACAUCACAGUGAGGCCAGGAUUUCAUUCCUAAUUGUGAUCAUGUUUAACUAAAAGAAAAAAAUGUGUCUUUUGACUGCCUGUGAGUAUGUGUGUGCCCACGCGUGUGUUUUUGUGCAGUGCAGGAAGCAGCAGUCCCAUUAGUUUGUUUUUCGUUUUGUUUUUUUUCCCCUCUAAUGAGUAUAAGGCUCUUACUUUUCUCCUCUCCUACAUCUCACAAUCCUAAUAAGGUUGGUCCUUCUUUUCCUCAAAUUUCGUGAAUAGGGAGGGUGGUGGGCUGGUCGUGUGAAUAGCACAACCUUUUUCUGCUUAAAACCCAAGAAGAAACAGAACAUAGAAAGCUUGGAUUCCUGUCGGUGAGGUAGGGGUGUCCUGAAAAGCUUGCCUGGGGCGACUGCAGGCUGCCGGGGCUCUGGGGCCUGAUGGCCCCUUUGCCUUUUCAGGCAUAUGUUUGUUUGUAAAUCCCUCUCUCGUGGAAUACAUGUGCAAGAUGUAAUUAAAGAAAAUAUUUUGAUGUGAAAAAGCAGGAUAGGUCAGAUAGAUUUGAAAAGAUGGGAUCUGUGAACUCCUCGAUCCAUCUUUUGCUUUUGAAUUUUUCAUGUUUACGGUAGUGGUUCUUUGGUAAGAUUUGUAAAAUGUUGAAGACACUUGUAGAAUCAAUGUACCAGUUGUGAAGUGAUGUGUAAUAUCUGAAGGAUACACAUUUUAAAGUUUCUUUCAAAGCAGAAUAUGGAAAUUAGACAUAAAUUUUAUCCACCCUUUGGUACUUUUAAAAUAAUUUAAGUACUUGGGUUUAAGUAAAUUUGAAAAUAGUUUUGGGAAAUGUUUUUAAAAUGCCAGGAUUUUAGGGUUAAAAAUCAUAUUGGGUAGUUUAGGAAAUUCGUGACUAUGAAAUGAAUUUGUGAGGUUUUUUGCCUGCCUUUUUUUUUCCCCCAGAGAAGGGUGGAACUAGAUUUGAAAGGCAUCUCUACUCUGCUUUUGCCGAGUAGUUUCACUGUCCCUUGAGAUACCAUUGGCUAUUUAUACCUGAGUCUAGUCUAAUUUACAUAUAUAUAUAUAUUUUAAAAGUUAAGUAGAGAGAACAUAUCUAUUGAUGUGGUUCAAUAAUUCAUUUGUCAGGGAAUAUUUGAUCUUAAUUCCUUUCUGAUAGGUAAUGAUUGGAUGUAUUUUCCUACUUCCUAUACAUAAUCUCUUUAUGCCAUGCUAGUUCUAACCAGUCCCUUCUUUUGAAAGCUUUUCUUUCUCUGCUUUUUAAAGGAAUGAUGGUGAUCAGCAGGCAUUAUGCAGAUACCACGUGCCUGAGGUUAUGGAGGGGAAAUGUCACAUGACUGUAUGAAAUCAUUAUAUGCCCUAUUUUGUAUUUAUUGAUGUUUCUUUUUGUGGGCCAAAAAUAUGUUUGUAAUAUAUUUAGGUUUUUUUACAUCAUGGUAAUUGAUUGGAAGAUUUAUUUUUAAUAGCUUUGCCUUUUUUGCAGAGUGCAAAAUUUCUAAAUUAUAACUUAUGUCAUAAAGCAAAAUUAUAUUUGGUAUCACCAUAAAUUUCUAUUCUGAAUGGUGAGAACAGAUAAUUUGAAUAUUUCUCACCUGUGAAUCUAUAUUAGUAAGCUUUUUUAUUUUAAUGUACUGUAAUGAAGUGGUCAUGAGUAGUUACCUCUGCUCAAAAAUGUCAUUUAGUUUGUUAAACUAUCUUCACAACCCAUCAUAAGCGUCACUAGAUAACUGUCCAUCCCCAGCAAUUUGGUUUAGUCUCCAUUGUGUAUUAAUUAAAGGUUGUCGCAGAGCAGCACGUUGACUUCCUCAUCAGCCCUUUGACAGCGAAGGGAAAGUCGUGGGUAGUCGAUUUGAACUUUUUCUGACAAUUUCUCCCUCUGUUAGCUGCUUAAAAUUCUUCAGUUAUGAUACAAAGCUGAGUUUGCAGUAAGUUGCACAUUUUAUUGUUUGCAAUUUUCUGUUUUAUGUGCAUUUGAAAGCCCUUCUCUGCUUUCUAGUAAGGAGGCAUGAAAUUAUCAGGAAUGUUGCUAGUUACAGCUUCACACCAAAAACUUUGAGUAAAUACAUUUUCGUUUGGUUGCCCAUGAUGAAAGCUGAGGAGAGGGCACUUUUAGAAGUACCAGUAUAGGGUUGAGGAAUUACCAACAACAAAUUUUCCUCUUAUUUUAUCUAGUUCAAAACAGAUAUCCAAGUUUGCAAUUUGCUUUGCUCUUGCUGUUUCUUGUGAGUCCCUUUUUUGGAAGAGAGAAGAACAUCUAUAAGCCCAGAGAUAUCCGUGUGUUUUCCUUCUAUUCGUAGUUACUUUGCUAUUAAUAUGUAUAGAAAGGAAUGAAGUGUCUUUUACUCCAGAAAUAUGAAAAUUAAUGUCUUUUAAACUAGCACUUAUGCUAUCAUAAGACAAUACUGGAAUCAAAAACAAAUCUUAUAUAAGGUCCUAGUGAGGUAGAAACUAGCUUUUAUUCUAGUGUUAAACCCGUGAGAAAUAGUGGCAAAGAAGUUUCACUCUCUGCAGUUCUUUGGGACUAUUUAUAAAGGCCAGUUAGAUUGUGUUACUGUGAUUUAAUUUACAAAGUUCCUGCAGUUAAUGGAUGCAUUCUGUGCUCUGAGAAUCUGAAUUCCAUUCUAAUGUGUGAUAUUCACUGGCUGUAAUCAGAAGAAAAGAUGGGCUUUCUCUCCUUGACAGUCUCUACAUAAUUA